AUGGAUUUUUCAGCAGUUUGUCGCACUUGUUUAUGUGAUGAUCAUUCAUUAAACCCUUUAUUUAAAGGUAAUGACGAUCAUGACACGUUUGCCAAAGCUUUAUAUAUGGCCACUGGUACUCAGAUCCGAUACAACGAUAAUUUACCCCAAAAUAUGUGCACCAAUUGUAUAAUUAAGCUAAAUAAUACAUUAAAGUUUAGACGACAAUGUAGAGACGCAGAAACACAGCUGAUAAAAAAAAUAAAAGGAGAAACUAAUGUUUUUUCAACACGCGGUAAGAGGAGUAUACAAAAUUCUGAAGGGGAGAGUGAGAAGAGUGAAGAGAACAAGUUUGAAACAACAAUUAAAAUUGAAGUGGAAAAUCACGAGAAUGAGUCUUUAAGCAAUUAUGAUGUAGACGAUGACAUGCCUUUGAAAUUACUAGCAACAUCAGAAACACCCGAUUUCAAACCUAGUCCUAAGUAUGAACCAAAUAAAGAAGAUCAGACAUCAAUUAAUGACACCGCACGUGCAAUAACAGACAACGAAAUAAAAGUUGAAGAAAUAAAAGAAGAGAAACUUGAACUAGCUGACAAUGGUAAUUGUGAUCCAAUUUUAACUGAUAACGAACUUAAUGAUGAUAGUAAUACGAGUCAAAUUAGCUUUAACAAUAUGGAUGAUAGAAAAAAUUCUAUUUCAUCAACAAAAACAAAUGAUGUAAUGGAUCUCCCGUAUGUAGUUUUAAUGGACUCCGUUACACAAAAAGCGACAAGAGUCUUAUGUAAGCUUUGUAAUAAAGAGUUAUCAAUCAGGAGUAUUGAUUUCCACAUGGCCCGUUGUCAUCCGGGUGCUGAUGAGAGAAAAAUUAAAUGUGAUUUGUGUGAUAUCUUCGUUUUGAAGAAUAAAUUAAAUAGGCAUAUGAUUUUGAGGCAUGGCAGCGGGUGUUUUAAAUGUGGGUACUGUAAAUUAGAUUUUGCCAACAAAGAACAGCUAGUGGAACAUGUUGACACUUGUACGGCUAAGAAAAGAAAGAGGAAAACUAACGAAGCUGGUCGUGAGCUCCGAGAGUGUGAUGAAUGUCACAAGGUGAUGCAGAAGGCCAGUCUUCGGAUGCACAAGGCUGUGAAACAUGCUGGCUUGAAGCCUGUCUGUGAGCACUGCGGCAAAAACUUCGGCAAUAAGUUCCGUCUGAACGAGCAUUACAGAGCGAAGCAUGGCUACGAGAAGUUCCAGUGCCAUUAUUGCGAGUUCCAAAGCGCUAGUACUAUGGCUAUGAAGAACCACGAACGCCGACAUCGUGAUGAGAAACCCUUCGUGUGCGAGGAGUGCGGAGCCAAGUUCCAUGCGGCAUACCUUCUGGCGCAGCACAGGCAGUCCCAUAGGACGGAAAAAUUGAUUAAAUGCGACCUCUGCCCGUCAACGUUCAAGGCCAACAACGGCUUACACAUGCACAAGCUAACAUGUCACAGCAACUUGACGUACAAGUGCGAUAUAUGUAACCGUUCGUACAAAUGCCGGCAUUAUGUCGUUAAACAUAUUCGUCACGUGCAUAGAUACACGGGCACAUCGCCGCCAUUGACUGUUGUCAACAACGAUGAUGUUGUCGAAAAGGCCGUCUAA